AUGGCCGAGGUGGGCGGCUUCCUCGGCUCCCUGGACUUGCACGGGUUCUCGUCGUCCCUUGGGAACGCGCCCUUGGCCGACUCGCCGGGCUUCCUCGCCGAGCGGCUGGGCCAGAUCGAGGGGCGGCUGCAGCGGGGCUCGCCCACCGACUUCGCCCACCUCAAGGGCAUCCUCCGCCGGAGGCAGCUCUACUGCCGGAUGGGCUUCCACCUGGAGAUCUUCCCCAACGGCACCGUGCGCGGCACCCGCCAGGACCACAGCCGCUUCGGAAUUUUGGAGUUUAUAAGUCUGGCUGUAGGGCUGGUUAGUAUCCGCGGAGUGGAUUCCGGGCUUUACCUUGGAAUGAAUGAGAGAGGCGAGCUGUAUGGAUCGAAGAAGCUCACCCGGGAGUGUGUUUUCCGCGAGCAAUUUGAAGAAAACUGGUACAAUACCUACGCCUCGACCCUCUACAGACACACUGACUCUGAGCGACAAUAUUACAUCGCUUUGAACAAAGAUGGGUCUCCCCGAGAAGGAUUCAGGACUAAGAGACACCAAAAAUUUACUCAUUUUUUACCUAGGCCGGUAGAUCCUGCUAAGAUACCUGCAGUGUACAGAGACCUUCUCCACUACAGGUGAUACUCCCUGCAGCUUGAGAGCCAGUGUGGGUGUGCAUGCACAUGUCUGUGUAACAUAUAUAUGCACACACAGUUGGGUUUCCAAAGUCUUUGCUGGAGCACUAUAAGCCUAUUCAUUCCAUCCUUCGUACAAGCCUAGUUAACACAUAGAGAAGCACUAGUCAUGAAUCC